CCGCGGAGCCUAACAGGGAGGCGGCAGUUGCAGAAGUCGGGCGCUGUGCCUUCAGUCGCGGGGAGUCCUCACAGGAGGCAGGUGUGCGGCAGGUGACUGGACCCGGGAAGAACACCUGUGGCAGCUUGUUGUAGGAGACCAGUCUUCCAAAAUGGACAAGAUUUAUUCCGAAAUGAGUGAUGAAAAUGACUUCACAGAGGGCAGAAAGAAAAGAAGAAUUUCCUCAAUUUUAAAAGCUCCCCCAUCCCCUCUCCGUGACUUAGGGAGUGGAAAUGAAUUAACUCAGGAUGGCAAUGUUGAAAAACGUCAGAGAAACUCCAGGCGUGUCAGUUUUGCAGCUACUAUCAGCAUCUUCCCAUCAGAUCCUCCAACCACCGAGGUAUCAGACCAUACCGGUGAGAACUUUUGUUCAUUGUUGUUUUGGGAUUAUAGAGGAACAGCAACAGUGAAGGACCAAGACACAUUUAAUCAGAAUGCAGAACUGGAAGUUGACCUGUGUAAUAUCACUGGGAUGAACACCUUACUUCAUGCUCCCAUCAGGAAACCUUUGCAACAACUGGAGGAUAAUGUAAACACUAAGCAAGAGUGGAGCAAAAUGGAUGGGACGCUCCUCUUCUCAGAUGAAAAUGAAAUGGAUAUGACGUCUGGUCACACUAUAAUAAUUAACAAUGCCACUGAAAUCUGUCAAGACCCUGUGUGGCCCAAGAGAAUAGCUUUCAAAGCAACUUCAUCUGCAUUGGAAUUGAAACAAGAAGUUAUACAAAUGAAUGAUCUCAGUUUUAUUAGCUCCCCUACAAAGGCGAAUGAGUCCUGUUUGUCUCAACAGAAAACAAACACUGGAAACGCAAAGAAAAUAAAAUUUGAUGACUUCUUGACAAGCUUGAAGUCCACUAAACUAUUUCCUUCACCCAUUGCUUCAGAGGCUUCAGAAAGAAAGGUGUGUCCUUCAAAGGAGAAUGUAUAUACCUACUUAGAAGGGGGAAAUAGCAAGAACACAGAUAUUGGAAGACCCGCUAACAGACAAAACUAUGCAAACGUUAAUGAAGGAGGUGUUAACAUAAAAAAUGCUAGCAGUGAUGCCUCAGUGUAUUGUUAUCAGGGAACUACUCCAUUUUCUAUGCCCUUUGGAUCUGUUACUUCUAUGCCUGUUCUGCAUGGUAACACUAAUAGAAAAAGUGGGGUUUUAAACAAUGCAGCAUCCUUAAAUUCUGCAGAUAAAACUUCUAUAUUUGGAUUUGGUGAGGACAUGGAAAUAACUAAACCCACAUACUUAAUAGAUAAUCCUAUAAAUGUUGCAGGAUUCAAAGAUAUGCCAUCUCAAGAAAUGGGAAUUGGUAAGAAAGGUAUAACUCUAUUAGAUAAGACAGUUUUAUUUUCCCUGAGUGACGACAAUGAAAUGGAGUUUACCAAGAGCUAUACAGUAGCAGCGAAGUAUAAUAUACAGCAGUGUGAAAAAACAUCUCAAGUGCCCUCCUUACAACCUUUGGAUAAAACUGUUUAUCAUGGCAACAUGGAUGAGACUAAAGCCAUAACAACCAUAAUAGAUCAACCUGUAAAAGCUGCUGGUGUCCAAGCUAUGCAAAAACAAAGUGAGUUGGGAUCAGCUAAUGUAACCGAACCAGCUUGUGACAAAACUCUUGUAUUUCCCCUGAGUGAAGACAAUGAAAUGGAGUUAACCAAGAGCCUUACAAUGGCAGUAGAGGGAGCUCUUCUAGCACAAUCACUGAUACCUGCAGGGAGUACCAACAUGCCUGUAUUUAGCAGUAACAUGGCAAUAAGCAAGUCCACAGCUUUUCCAGAAGAUAAAACACUUAUGUAUAUGCACAAUUACGACAUGGAAGUAACUAAGCCUAUAAGUCACAUAAUGAAUACAUCUCGAGAAGAUACUGGUUUCAAGCCUUUGCAACUGAAGAAAAAAGAGAUGGACAAGGUGAUUCAAUCAAGUUCAGCCAAGGAAGAGACCAUGUGUUGCUUGGAUAAAGAGAAUGAGAUGACGUUUAUGAGGAGCCAUACAGGGUCAGUAAACAAUGAUACUAUUAUCCCAUGGGCCAAUACUCAAGUACUGUCCUCAGCUCCAGUAGAUAAAAACCGUAUGUCCACACACAGCAGUGAUGCAACAAUAAGUAAAUCCACAACUUUUGCUCCUGCAAAUAAAACGAUAAUGUGUAAUAACUCAAUGGAAAUAACAAAACCCAUAUCGAGUGCAUUUUUAAAUAGAAGUUUCAAGUCUUUGCCACAGCAAGAGAUGAGCAAUACCACAGUACCAGGCUCAGUUACAGAUAAUACAGUUCUUGCCCUACAUGUUAAUGAAAUGGAGAUGACAAAGUGCCAUACAAUAACUGUAAAUGUUGAUAACAUCUCCCAGUCAGAAAACUCUCCCCAUAUACAAUUUCAUCAGGAUAAUAUGAAUAUUGCAGGAUCUUAUGCCAUUACUAAAAACCCUAAGAGAAACUCGCCUUGGAAUGUGAUGAAGCUGGAAAUGGAUGCUGGGUGGGAACCUUCGUCGGAUCAAAUUCCAACAGUUAUGGGGGGAAAUGAUGGACAUUGUGAAAAAAAUGGUUUUAUGUUUCCAGUUAAAAUGUCUGCGCCAUAUACAAAGUUACAUGAGGAAACUGCUGUUGAAUCUAACACAGAGAGAAUGUGUAUAUCAACUGCUGAAUGCAAGAGCCUGAAAGAGGAUCCAAGAAAGUUGUCUCGGUCAAGACAGGUUGGUAGCUUUGCUGGAGAAACGGAAGCUUUUCCAGUUGAUAAAAUAACUAAAAAAAUUGAUACUGUGUUGUGUGACUGGAGUAACACUGCAAAAGAUAAUAACAUGGACCCUCCUCCCAUCAAUAAUGUUACUUCAGAGGAGGAACCAAUCCUUUUGUCUAAGCUAUCUGAUGUUGUCAGUGAUUGUUCAAAGCUUAAUGAUAAUGGGAAGAAGUCUGGACUUUUCCUCCCCUCUCAAGACAUUGGGAAAGAAUUGCCCGAAGUGGCAGUGAAGCCAGCUGAUCAUUUGGAGUUGAGAGAAGAUGUAAAAAAAGUAUCUAAUAUUCCUACUGCUUCUAAUGAGUGGACAAACAAUGAUUUUACAGAUGUUGCUCCUCUCUCUGUGCCCUUAAAUGCCAUGUGGAAUGAUAGCUGUAAGAUGAAAAAACCAGCCCUGGGUAUCUUCCCACCUAAACUGCCAAAUAAAAGGAAGCCUACUAUUUCUAAUGUAGAAUAUAUUGGUACCAGAUCAGAAGAGAAGGUAGAAACUCAAGGUUCAAAAAUCACUCAGUUUCUUAGGAGAUCCCUGGACAAAGUUACCCCCAACUUGAGUCCAUCUCAUUAUAUAGAUGAAGAACUGCUUCCUGCAUGUGUAGGUGAAAUGGAUUUUGAGGAGUCUCUCGGUUGUGACGUGCCAGAAAAGCUGGUGAAUGAAAAGGAGCUUGCUGAUACAGAAGGCUGUCUGCUUGAAACAAGUAACAACAAGAAAAGAGCUUGGAAUCAAGAUGAUGAGAAACUUCAGCGGGAAAAGAAGCUCAAGACAGACGAGGGCUGGAAUGAUACAAUAGAGUUAAAGCAGCCCCUCUCCAGCACAAUGUUAGCUCAUGAAGCACAGGAAGGUAAAAAUGUUACCGACCUAUUAGCUACAAAUAUGGAAAAGAAGCAAAGCAGCAACAGCAGCUCUUUGGAUUCGGUUAAGGCUGAUACAGACUUCUCUAUUCAAAAAAAUAGUGAAAUGGAGAUUCCGCUUCUCACGAACAUUAUUUGUGACCAAAAUUUGAAGGAGAAACUGCAGGAUGGUACUAUCACAGUCGGUCAAUUUUUCACACUCCUCCAAGUUGAUGUGAUACACACUCCUCACCAGAGUUUGCUGUCACCCAAACAUUCAGUUAACACAGCUCUUGCCCCUGAAGAUGAGUUUUUGAACGAGUACGUUUACAGUCCCAAGUUCCAAAUUUACAAAGAAGAUUGCCAAGCUCUCUACAAGAUAAUAGAAGAAUUAAAAUUGUAUGCAGAAUAUCAGCAUAAACCUCUGAUGAAUGUGAACAAAAGUCUAUGGGGAGUAAUGAGAACCUGUUCAGAUGAGGAGUUGAAACGCUUUGGAGAAGGGCUACGUGAAAUGAAAUCCAGUUUCCUCAAGAAGAGUAAAGUUCUUGCUCACAAAGGAAAAGCAUCAUUAUAUAGAAAGCUGGUGCAAAAUGGACAGCUUCAGUGGGAAAAACUACAGUCAAGACUGGCUAAAGUAGAAGAACUUAUAAAGGAAAUGGACAGCUGUCUUCUUGCUCUGGAAACAGAAACUUCUGCAUUGGAAGAGUCUGAGCCAGAUGUCAAUGAUGCCAUGGCAGAAUACAAGUCUAAGAUGAGAGACACUGAGAGAGAGCUGGAAAACUACAGAGCCCAAGAGGAGGCACUUCAAAGAGAGCAAUCGAAUAUCAGAGAUAAAAAGAAACAGAGAGCUUCUGAAAUAAGCCAUCUCAAGGAGUAUGCAAAAAGAUGUCAGGAACUUAUGAAGAAAUACAACUUCUCUGAGUGGGCAAUAAAAGAGUGGAAUGAUCACCAGGCUGUUUUCACCUUCCUUUAUGAUUCUCUUGAGCUCACUCUCAGCCUUGGGUGCCCUGUAGAUGGUGCUGUUUUCAGCAACAGGUUCUGCAUGAAUAUUGUUGGUGUGAACCUCAAAUCACUGUUGGAUGAAGCAAAGGCUUUGCCAUCUUCAAAACUAGUGCAUAGGCUCAUCUUCCAGUUUAUAAAUGGUCAGAGUUCAUUACAGGAAAAAUGCUCAACAGUGCAUCAUCUUUAUCAGGUGCUGCGUGACAUUUCUCUUGUGGUGAGUCGUUGUGAACUUCUAGGAGAAGAGAUCGAGUAUCUAAACAGAUGGGGUGGAAAAUUCAAUCUGCUGAAGACAGAUGUGAACGAUACAAAAGUGACGCUCUUAUUCUCCAGUUCUGUAUCAUCUGCAAAGUUUGAAGUUGAACUGUCUUUAUCUGCCAGCUAUCCUGCGUCCCCAAUAGCUUUCACCAUUCCAAAAUGCACUGGCAACCUUAACCAAGAGGAAAUUUCUGUUGUUUUAUCCAGUGUUCCAGUGGGAGCCAACUACUUGAAGAGAAUGGUCAAUCAGAUUCAUCGUAAUCUGCUCCAGGGUCUUCAAUCCAAAGAUAGCGGGGGGCAGAAUGAGCAAUUAUGA